AUGGCUAUGAUCGAUGGGCUGAACGAAAUAUAUCAAGAACGCGGAAUGGUUUUCAAAGAAAACUCAUUUGCUGAUAUGACAGAAAAAGAAUUUGCAGCUACUCAUUUGUUUCCUAGGAGAUCUCCGGCGACAUUUGAGAGCGCAAGUUCCCACCAGACAUCACAAAAAUUACGCUAUUUGCCAACGUCAUUUGACUGGAAAGGAAAAGGUGUUGUCACAGCAGUGAAAGAUCAAGGGUCUGCAGGUACCUGUUGGGCAUUCAGUGCAGUUCAGAAUAUUGAAGGACAGUGGGCUAAGUUGGGAAAACCACUGACGGAAUUAUCUGUUGAGCAGGUUGUAGAUUGCGACGGAACCAAAGACGCGGAAAAGGAAAAGGCCGACUGUGGAGUGUUUGGAGGUUGGCCAUAUUUAGCAUAUCAAUACGUGCAGAAAGCAGGAGGAAUUCAAACAGAAACCGACUAUCCAUAUUGUUGCGGACUAGGAGGGGGAGAGGGCACAUGCUUCGUUUGUCCUGCACCUGGAUAUAACAAAACUCUUUGUGGACCACCGUCAGAAUAUUGCAAAAUCUCGGAUAGUUGUUCAGCAAAAAUUAACCCGAGCAAAUUUGUUGCUGGCUUGAAAGUAAGCGGAUGGCAAUGGUUUGGCCAGAACGAGACUGAUAUUGCCAUCAAUUUAUUAAACAUAGGACCAUUGUCCGUUGCCAUGAACGCGGGAAUGUUGCAGUUCUACCAUUCUGGAAUAUACGAUCCUUUGUUCUGUGAUCCCAAAUCCCUUGAUCAUGCUGUUCUUAUAACUGGUUAUGGUGAAGAAAAAACAAUUUUGGGAGAAAUGAAGAAGUAUUGGACGGUGAAAAAUUCCUGGGGUAAAAAGUGGGGUGAAGACGGAUAUUUUCGAAUUGCGAGAGACAAAAAUAAGUGCGGCAUUGCGACUCAAGUCACCACCGUUGAAUUGGAAAUCAUAUAGGAAACUUGGUUUUUAUUUUGACCACAAUGUGUGUUGUCGUGGGCCUUUAUUACAACGUGGUC